AGCUUGACCAGCAUGUGGAAGGAGUGCUCACAUGGCUGCGAUCACUUAGGGAGCUCCUACCUGGGUGCCAUCGGGGCAGGAAGUUUUCUGUUUGUUUUGUUCUCUUUCCGAGAGUUCUGUGCACUUCUCUUGCCUGUGUCAAAGUGACUCUUGGUGGUUUUUGCACACCCUGCUCUGUGGGGGAGUGCCCCAACGUGCCUGUCUUAUGUGGCCUCUAUGGACAAACUGCUCAGCUGGCAGAGAGCAGGGAAAUUUUCUCCCAGCACCCAAAAAGAGAAAGAGGAAACUACUUUUUCUUUCUGGGCUCCUUGCAGCACAAUAGAUCAGGAUAAGCUUCUACAUUCCCUCCCUGGAUUUCUGGAGUGGUUUUCCAGGAAGAAAUUAAACCUUCACCUUUAAAUGGAUGACCAUGUCACAAUCAGGAAGAAACAUCUCCAAAGACCCAUCUUUAGACUAAGAUGCUUAGUGAAGCAGCUGGAAAAAGGUGAUGUUAACAUCGUAGACUUAAAGAAGAAUAUUGAAUAUGCAGCAUCUGUGUUGGAGGCAGUUUAUAUUGAUGAAACGAGAAGACUGCUGGAUACCGAUGAUGAGCUCAGUGACAUUCAGUCAGAUUCGGUCCCAUUGGAAGUCCGGGACUGGUUGGCCUCUACCUUUACGCGAAAAAUGGGGAUGAUGAAAAAGAAAUCUGAGGAAAAACCAAAAUUUCGGAGCAUUGUGCAUGCUGUUCAAGCUGGAAUUUUUGUGGAAAGGAUGUACAGAAAGUCCUAUCACAUGGUUGGUUUGGCAUAUCCAGAAGCUGUCAUAGUAACAUUAAAGGAAGUUGAUAAAUGGUCUUUUGAUGUAUUUGCCUUAAAUGAAGCAAGUGGAGAACAUAGUCUGAAGUUUAUGAUUUAUGAACUGUUUACCAGAUACGAUCUUAUCAACCGUUUCAAGAUUCCUGUUUCUUGCCUAAUUGCCUUUGCAGAAGCUUUAGAAGUUGGCUACAGCAAGUACAAAAACCCUUAUCACAACCUGAUCCACGCAGCUGAUGUCACUCAAACGGUGCAUUACAUAAUGCUUCAUACAGGUAUCAUGCACUGGCUCACUGAACUGGAAAUUUUAGCAAUGGUCUUUGCCGCUGCCAUUCAUGACUAUGAGCACACAGGAACCACAAACAACUUUCAUAUUCAGACAAGGUCAGAUGUUGCCAUUUUGUAUAAUGAUCGAUCUGUCCUUGAAAAUCACCAUGUGAGUGCAGCUUAUCGACUUAUGCAAGAAGAAGAAAUGAAUGUCUUGAUAAAUUUAUCCAAAGAUGACUGGAGGGAUCUUCGGAACUUAGUGAUUGAAAUGGUUUUGUCUACAGACAUGUCUGGUCACUUCCAGCAAAUUAAAAAUAUAAGAAACAGUUUGCAACAGCCAGAAGGGAUUGACAGGGCCAAAACCAUGUCCCUGAUUCUUCAUGCAGCCGACAUCAGCCACCCAGCCAAAUGCUGGCAGCUGCACCACCGGUGGACCAUGGCCUUGAUGGAGGAGUUUUUCCGACAGGGAGAUAAAGAAGCUGAGUUAGGGCUUCCAUUUUCCCCACUUUGUGAUCGGAAGUCGACGAUGGUGGCCCAGUCACAAAUAGGUUUUAUUGAUUUCAUAGUAGAGCCAACAUUUUCUCUUCUGACAGACUCAACAGAGAAAAUCAUUAUUCCUCUUAUAGAGGAAGACUCAAAAACAGAAAAUUCUUAUGGAGCAAGCAGACGAUCAAAUGUGAAAGGCACCGUGAAUGACGGAACCUACAGCCCAGACUACUCCCUUGCAAGCGUGGACCUGAAGAGCUUCAAGAACAACCUGGUAGACAUCAUCCAGCAGAACAAGGAGAGAUGGAAAGAGCUGGCUGCACAAGGUGAACCUGAUCUUCAUAAGAACACAGAAGAUCAAGGAAAUGCUGAAGAAAAACAUGCUGAUACACACUCAUAGGUUUGAAACACCAUAAAGGCUUCUGUCAUGUUAAACAUGAGAGCUCUGAGGAACAGGCCAUUUAGAUCGUCCUUGCUCUUUUAAAUACAUGGGAACAAAAUGAGAGACAGGACUGCUCAGAAGCUGUGGCUGAAGUCCUAAAACAAUGGAGUAUCAUAACCUUGGCUCUGUGACCUGGCCGGUGAACACAGCAUUGUCACUUUCGAUCUGGGACUCAGUAGUGAACCGUGUCCUGGAAACCAGUAGACCAGCCUGCACCCAUCCCUGUGGCUUCACAGCACCAAUGCAUCACCUACAAGAGCACCAUCGCCACAGAAGUCUCACGUUACCUACAAUGCAAGAUGACAAGAACCUCCAGCUGCCGUUGGAGACAGGCACGGGAACUGAGAAUGCAAUUUGCCUUCUGGGGUGUUGAUCCCAUUAGGAUGUAACAGAACAUUUAACAAGCCAAGGGAUAAGUGACAAGAAGCGUGUGUGUGCUUGUGUGUGUGUGGUGUAUAUUCAAAAAUACCUAUGAGAAUGGAAGCCCGCACUUUUCUGUAACAUAACAGUACUUGAUGUGACUUUACAUUUUCCUACACAGAGACAAACUACCACCCUUGGAGACUCUGCUUCCUUGUCAUGUUUGCCUGAGCAUGUGCAGAGCCUUUCCUUUGCUCCAACCUGAAGAACUACCUUUAUUUGUUAUUAGCUGACAAGAAAAGUUAAGCACAGUUAGGUGGUAUAACUUUUCACUGUAUAAACACUUCAAUGAUUGUGAGAGUAAAUGGCUUUUUUAUGAAAGGCAGAAUUGAAUGGAAAAAAUCAAGAGUAGCCAUCAAUUAAAGGGAAGAAGAACGUAUCCAUCCUAAAAAGUUUUCUGUUGCACCGGCUUCUUUUCUGGGUUCCACAAUGCUAAGCAAUAUUUUAGAAAUGGAUACAACCAGAAGCUUUUAAGUCUAAAGAGCGGGAUUUUAUAACUCACAACUCAGAUCUCUUUUAAUGUGUAAGCCAUAUUCUACAUGCAUAUUAGGUAUGCAUCAUUCUAACUUAAGAUAUAUUUGUGCAUAAACUGUGUAUAAAGCGCUUUUCAAUGUUCUGUGAAUAAGGUUCUUAGCUUUUGUUUCACCAGAAUCUUGUGUAGAAGACAGCUACAUAAUUGAAUUGUAUCAUAGACAUUAUAAUGCAAUUGAUAUUUUAAAUGUAAGCAGUAGAGAUUGAUCUAUAAUGAUGUGUUGGGGAAAUUUAUAUAUGUACAUCAUGGUGACUUUUUGUCCUUUAAAAAAGGUCUUUUUAUUUCUAUUUAUGGAGAAACUGUAACUACUGCUUUACAUGCCUUUAAGUAGCUAUUUACCAGCUAGUAAACAUUCUGCAUUUAAAAUAGAAUCUGACUCUGGCAAGUCUCAUUAUUAUUGUUCCUCUUUGAGCCAGUUGUCUUUCAGUAAAGCUAU